CGUCAUACGCUCAAGUUCGUCGUUCGAAGUUCGCUGGUUUUAAAUGGAAGUUAAGAAAACAACCUGCGCCAUCAAAUAUUCGCCGUUAAUAAUCGUCCGAGGGCGAGAUAAGCUGUUUGUGAAGCGGAAGCAUUAAAUUUAUCGAAUCCCCGUACAAUCUCGCUAGGCCGGCUCGAUCUGUGAUUAACGGUAAUACCGAAGCCGAUAGAAAAUUUCGGGGGAUGCGACAGCCAGCGGACGAUGCUGGGACCCGGGACGUGGGAGCCGUGGUUUCUUCUCCUGGUGGCCACCCUCUCCAUCGUCAUAGCGAACCAAAACCAUCAGUUCGAUAAUCUCUCCGCUCAUCUCCACGAAAGGUCCACUACCAGGAAACCGAGGAACGGAUCCUACUUUCAAGAUGAACCGAGCCUGCAACUUCCUCCAAUACGAAUUCCGCAUCUGAGGCAUCACCACGUCACCCACUGGGGACCUUACUUUGAGAACGUGAAGAACGAGGAUGUCAGCACUAACGGUGUUCGCCACGUCUCCUUCCAUCUAGGCACGACAGCAAUGCUCGAUUGUCGAGUCGCCAUGCUGUCCGACAAAACGGUGAUGUGGAUGAGACGAAACGGGGAAAGAGUUUCGCUGCUGACGGUCGCAAAAAAUACCUACAGCUCGGACCUGCGGUACAGUUUGUACUUCCAAUACCCCAACAACUGGCGGCUGGCCAUCUCUUCGGUGCGACGUGAAGACCAUGGGCUCUACGUCUGCCAGGUGAAUACCCAUCCCCCAAGAAUGCUCACGACGAACGUCACGGUUUUAGCACCCGACAUAAGGAUUCUGGACGAAGCGGGUCACGAGGUGGCGGACCGUUACUACAAGACAGGGAGUGGAGUGGAGCUUGCAUGUAUUGUCCGGAGCUCGUGGCGCACGAAUGGAAACCUGGUUCCCACGUGGUUGAAAAAUGGUGCAAAAAUUCCUGACCACGUCAAACUUUACCAUGUUAACGGAUCUGCUGAUAAGCUGAUCACCAGAAUCUACAUCGAAAGCGUAGCAAAAAGCGACAGCGGUGAAUACACCUGCAGCUUUGACCAGCACAGCACUUCCCUGGUGCAUCUACACGUUUUAAACGGCGAAAAGCAGGCCGCUGUACACCAUGAUCAAUGGAAUUCCGGCAGGACGAAGCGACCAAACAGAAAAACUAUUGCAGUGUUUUUGGCUAUCCUGUUAAGUGAUUUACUCGCAGUGAUUCAAAAGUGAGAAAAACUCGUUUUCAGCUUAUCAAUGAUAAGGAAGCAUCCUUUAUUCGACGUACGAUUCUACACUGAGGAAAACGUUAAUUAGAUUGGAAGGAAUAACCAAUAAUCAAAAUUAAUUUAUUUGAUGUAAAUCUUUGACCUUCAACUGAGCCCUAAUUGGAUUUGUAAAAUAAUUUCUUGUUCAACUAUGAAAUAACAAACUAUUCAAGCAUCUAAUUG